UCGCGAAGUAAUGCAAUUAGCUAAGCUCACAGACAGAGUGACGUCCAGAAGGUGGGAGCUGCUUCUGAACGUGGCCAACGGGCUGCAGCACUGACUUCACUGCGAGCCUGUCAAACACAACCAACACAGCCAACAUGGCGGACUGGGACGCUGAAACCUUCGAGCCGGAGGAGCCGAUUAAAAAGGCGGCAGCGAUGGACAAAUGGGAAGGCGAAGACGAAGAGGAAGAUGUUAAGGACAAUUGGGAUGAUGAGGAUGAAGAUGAGGAGAAAAAAACAGAGAUGACAAAAACAGAGACAAAGGUCUCUGAAAAGAAAAAGCUGAGUGAGAAGAUAAAAGAGAAAGAAAACCGGUUAAAGAAAAAACUGCAGGAGCAGAGGGUGAAACAGUUGGCGGAUCAAAAAGAGGAGCUCACUCCUGAAGAACAACUUGCAGAGAAGCUAAGAGUGAAGAAGUUACAGGAAGCUGCAGACUUGGAGCUUGCAAAAGAUGCUUUUGGUGUUAGCAGCACUUCAAACAGUGUCACUGGGAUUGACGCCAUGUGUCCAUCUUCCAAAGAAGACUUUACAGAGUUUGAAAAAUUGCUGAAAGAAAAAAUAUCCCAGUUUGAAAAAUCUGUGCAUUAUUCAAGUUUCUUGGAUUCAUUGUUUCGGGAACUCUGUAUUUCAUUGGAAGUAGAUGACUUGAAGAAAGUCAGCAAUUCCCUGUCAGUCCUACUUAGUGAAAAACAGAAACAAGAAAAACAAAACAAAGGAAAGAAGAAGAAGAAAGGAGUUGUACCUGGAGGCGGUUUGAAAGCACAGCUGAGAGAUGACCUUGACUAUGCAGAGUUUGAUGGUGGCUACGCCCAAGACUAUGAGGACUUCAUGUGACACUGGCUACAUCACCACUGCCCUUUUCCCCUCUCAACCCUCAGAAAUGCAGCUGUACCUUCUCAUGCUGUCCAGUGCCAUCCUGGAAAAUCUGAACUAUGUGUUGCCCCCUUCAUUUUGCUUCAAUGACCAGAGGGACUAUACCAGGGAGCAUCCAGCUUCACCAGCUCUUUAUGUUCAUACAUAUGGAAUUGCCUUUUCUGUCUCAUUCAGCCUCGAUUCUCUCACAUACACACAAAUAAUCAUGUAGUAUCUGUGACCCAGCUUCAAUGGAGAACACAUUGUAACUGCUGUUGUCUGAGCUUUGCAGGGCACAUUUUUUAUUAAGUGUUGCUCCUUUUUAAAAAUGGCAGAUACAGUAUUGCAGUUAUAAGUGCAGUGACAUAGAAACACAAGGUUCUAUGCAAAUUCUUUAACCAGAAUGUCAUGUAUAUAUUAUAGGUCUCACUUACCUGUGGAUGGUUCUCUUACAGGAAAGUAUAUAGUAUCUAUAACUUUGGUUGCCAAAUUCAGAACAAUUAUUCAAUACAUUAUUCAUCUUUAUCUCUGGAAGGGUUGCAUUGUGGAUGAUUUGAGACUGACGCAACAUGUAAGUAGUAAUUUUACAGAAAGCACAUGACAUUCACUGUACGGUAAAAGGGAUAGACAAGUAUAAUAAAUGUGACUUUAAAACCUCA